CGAAAGCAUGCUGGGCGGGAGCAUUGCUGUGCUGGAGCAUUGCUGUGCUGUUCUUCUCACUUCCUGAACUGAAGGCCUCCAAAUAUGUGGAGGUACAAACGCAGGAUAACCUAACAUUCAGGAGCUUUGACACACCACGUUACCCUGCAUUGAAGUUUAAAGUGCCCGUGUAAAGCAUGAUCCUGUGGCAGUAUCUGAUAACCUUUCUGCUGGUUACUGUUCAAAUAUGCAAAGCUGAGAAAUGCGACGAAUUUACCGAUCUGAAUCUUGGUCACUCAAUCAUUGGUACCAGCCUCAAAGUUCGGUUGUUGCUAUACACUAGAUUAAAUGGGACAUGUGGUACCCUUAUGUCCCACACCGACCUGUCUGCCUACCCCCAAUUUAAUGCGUCAAAACCGACCACCUUCAUCAUUCAUGGGUAUCGGCCUACUGGAUCUCCACCGGAAUGGCUCGAUAAGCUCACUGAGCGUCUGCUGGUCAGGAAAGACAUAAACGUUAUAGUGGUAGACUGGAACUACGGUGCUGCGACUCUGAAAUAUUGGGAAGCAGUGAAGAACACACGCAAAGUAGCAUCCAACAUCACAGCUUUGAUUAACAUGUUGCAGGAGCACGGAGCCGAUCUGAGCUCCAUCCACAUGAUUGGUGUCAGUCUAGGAGCUCACAUAUCAGGCUUUACGGGCGCUAACUUGAAGGGAGAAAUUGGAAGAAUAACAGCACUGGAUCCUGCUGGGCCAGGGUUCAAAGGCAAAAACCCAGAGGACCGACUGGACUCUUCAGAUGCACAGUUUGUGGAUGCCUUGCACACGGACAUGGAUUUGCUGGGUUUCCGGGAACCUUUAGGUCACAUUGAUUUCUACGCCAAUGGAGGAGCAGACCAACCCGGCUGCCCGAAGACUAUUUUCUCAGGACAGUAUCUUAAAUGUGACCACCGGAGAUCGGUGUUCCUCUUCAUUGACUCUAUAAAUGCCACAUGUACCAGCAGGACCUACCCCUGCUCGUCCUAUAAAGACUUUCUGGAUGGCAAAUGCUUAACCUGCAGUCAGUUUGGUAAUGCUGGAUGUCCUAUUUUAGGUUAUGACGUCAUAAAAUGGAAAGACAUCCUGCUGGAACAGAGCCAAACAAAGGCCUACUUCAGAACAAACGAAAAAUCUCCAUACUGCAUGACAAACUACAGGAUAGAUGUGGUGAUAUGGAACAAGGAUGUGCAGUGGGGAUACUUGACUGUUAAACUUCAUGGCAAUGGUAAACAAGCACAGGCAACCAUUGACCAUAAAUCCUUAAAUUUCAAGAAGUUCACAGACACCGAGCUGUUGGCUGCGUUUGACAAAGACAUUCAGUGGGUGGAAAAGGUGUCUGUUAAAUUCUCCACUGGGAAUGUAUUGCAGCCCAAACGUAAGCUCAGAAUUCUCCGAAUCCGUCUCAAAAACCUGGAACCUAAAGGGAAUAAAGCACAGGGGCCUCUGUGUCGAUAUGACGUCCUUCUCGAGGAGAACAAAGAGGUCACCUUCAGGCCAAUUCCCUGUGAAGAAUCCAACUUCUAAAGGGGAGAAAAAUUGCAUAACAUUUCACUGCAUGUAUGGAGAGAGAUUCGGCUGAUUCUACAGUUCUUCCAGAAUUGUUCAUGAAAAGACCAGCACUGCUAAAACAAAACAAAAUAACACAAUGUUGCCUCACAGUAAGAAGGUCUAUGUUUGAGCCAACUGGCUCGCUGGGACUUUUAUGUGCAGUUUGCACUGUCCCACAGUUAUUUGGGGGUUGGGUUAACUGGUGAUUGAGUCUAAGUUGGCUGUCGGUGUAACUUUGAGUGUGGACUGUUGUCCGUCCCAGUUGUUAGUGCGAUAGACUGGUUGGCCCCCUGCACCUCUGAACUGGAUAAGUGGAAGAUGGAUGACUAGACCAGUAAUGUGAAUUAGACAGAUUAUCUGUCACAAAUGAGUGAAAAAAUACUAACAUAUUUACCUUUUUUGAUAGAAAAGUAGGGCUGUCAACGUUAACGCGGCGUCACGAUUAACGCGAUUAACGCUCCAGAUGGGUGAAUUGCGUUAAAAUGGGUGUAGCUCAGGUGGCAGAGCAGGUCAGCUACUAAUCAGGAGGCCGGUGGUUCGAUCCCAGGCUGCCUCCUGGCUGGGCAAGAUACUAACCCCAUGUUUGCCUACUGGUGGUGGUCAGAGGGCCCGGUGGCGCCAGUGUCCAGCAGCCUCGCCUCUGUCAGUGCGCCCCAGGGCAGCUGUGGCUACAAUGUAGCUUGCCAUUGCCAGUGUGUGAAUGUGUGUGUGAAUGGGUGGAUGACUGAAUGUAGUGUAAAGCGCUUUGGGGUCCUUAGGGACUGCGUAAAGCGCUAUACAAAUGCAGGCCAUUUACCAAAUUUUUUAAUUGUGAUGACGGAUUAAUCUGUGUUAACCCGUUAACGUUGACAGCCCCUGUCGAACACAUAAUGUACGACUGAUAGAUUUUAUUCCCUUUAGGCCUUUUGUUUUUGUUUUGUGUUGCUUGUCUUUGCUUUUAUUCCUGUUUACUUUUUUAUGCCAAUAUAAAUUUUCAGCAUACAUAUAUCAGUAGUAACUAUAUUUAUUUUGAAUAAACACACAAUGCACAUCAGCACCCAGUAAAUUUACAUUCUUUGUGCAAUCAGAAAGGAAAACAAGUGCUAUUUUUUUUUUCUUUUUACAAGCCUAAAAUCUGUGUGCUCAUCCAUAUUACAUUAUUAUAAACAAACUCUUGAGUCUC